AUGCAUCAUGAUGGUGGUGGCUAUCUCUCUGAUCAAAAUAGACUGGGGGAGGGUAAUUUGGACCCAACUGAUUUAAAAGUGGCCAAAGAGGUGCAAAAGAAAGAUUUUCCUAAUGAUAUUCCAGAAUGUGGGGCAGAUGUCCUUCGACUAUCAUGUGAGAUUAAUUUUUAUUUUCAGGAAUUGCAAGUCACGACAUCCAUUAUUGGCUUGGUAAAGAUACAAGUUAGGAUGAAGCUGGAACAAAAAUCACUGAAGACAAUUACAGAGCAGAAGAUUCGUAUGUUUACUUGCCAAGGAAAGCAUGUAGUUAAAGAAAGUCAAAUAAGCUUUUCUGGUUCAUCAAGGGCUCAUCAGACGAGUGGUAGAAGAAGAUACCGUGCGACUUCCCAGAUGAAUAACUUCAUUAGAUCCAUAGUGCCAUAA